CGCCUUAACUCUAACAGGAAGUUGAUAUGCUGAAAGCGAAAGUGAUAUAAUAUCUAGAUCUAGAGACUAUGUUGUUACUUUACUAAGACUAAAUUUAGAAUGCCAGCAAGAAGAGUACACUUAAAUCUACUACCUGUUGUCUAGAUUGAAAAAUUAGCAUUGUUUGAAACUACAACUAAACUAGAUCAAGGUCUUCAAUGGGCUCUAGUCAAAUCAGAGACACUAAUUAUAAUUUUAUUGUGAUUGUUUUAUUUCACUUAACUGAAUGUGUAUCAUCAUGAUAAUACACUACUUGCUAUAUAUUCUGUGACUUAAUAUAAAAUAAUGAGUAAUGGAGAUUUCUUAUUUGUCUGGAAGAAAUGCCUUUUUAUAACUUUCUUUAAAAGUUCAAAGCUGUAUUUAGAAUGGAUGGAACAUAGCGAUGUUCUCUCUCCAUCACAGUCUCAAUAUUCAGGUCUUUUUACUGAACAUAGCCCACUCGGAACUCCAUUUGAUGAAGAAUUAGGGGAGUCCUUGGAAGAGAAUGUAAAGAAAAUAUCAAGAGCAGUUUUGGACAUUUCAGCAGAUGGAAUAGAUAUUUUUAAAGUUGACUUCACCUUUGAUAUCACAACUCUUAGGGAAGUUCCAGUAAUCUUAUUAACAUGUAAGUCACGAGAAAAAAGCAAAAUUUCUAAACUGUCAUCAGCUUCAUUGCAAGAACAGAAGCAGCAGGUUUACGUCGUUGGCAUUAAGGAAACAGUACAAGCACAGAAUAAAAGCAAAAUGGUAAAUGAACAUUGCAGCCAAAAGGGAGAUGCCAACUAUGAUCCAUCAUGCCAAAAAGUUCAUUUUGAGCUAGUCAAGCUAAAUGUGAUAUAUAUUGAUGACUAUCUUGGUCACAUAAAUAAAAGUACUUUGUGUUUAUUAUCCAACUUUCAGAUUCUAUACAUAAACAAACAUUUAAAAACUUUGAUCAUUCAUCACCAUGAUACAAAUUGUAAGUCAAAUAACGCUCAACAUUUCAAACUUGAACGGGAUGUAAAAACAGAAACCUGUUUCAAGCUUGUUGAUGUUUUUCAUAAAUAUGACUGUGGGAUUACGUGUGUUCUCCUUUUAUUACAAAGUAAAGAAUCAACUGAAUUUAUUUCUCUUCACAUUUCAUUUGCAAAUAAAAGUGAAGGUGUAUCUCAAAGUAUUGCCUUUGAGCUCAGGCAGGCACCCUUGUGUGUAUCCUUGAGUGAAGAAGUGUUAAAAAUAGCCAAACAUGUUCAGAUAAUAUCAGCUGCUUCAGUCUUAAGUUGUUCUACAAAACUUGAAGUCACAUUGUCAGCGUUGGUUGUUUUAACUCACACAGGAUAUCUCCUUAAAAUUGUUAACGGUGCAAUUGUUUCACAUGUCAACAUUAUGAGCCAUCCUGAGGCUGAGGCAUGUUGUGGUGAGGCCUGGGGUGGCUCUUGUAUAAAAAUUGUCAACCUGAGGGACCUUGAUGGUGAGGAUGUUAGAAUGAUUGCUGUUCAGAUUGAUAACUUUUGCUGUUUAAUUGACCUGUCUACAGAAAAGAUAGUCAAGACCUGGUCAAAUGUUCACACAGUCAGUCGCUUCAGUGACCAACAGUAUGGCCAGUGGUCACUCAUAGUUGUGUUACUUCCUUAUGGUGGUGGUCAUCCAGACAAGUCCAUCCUUUACAGACUUAAUGAGUCAGACAUCAUUCUUGUGGAUGAAAAGAAUGUGGAUGAAAAUAGCCGUCAAAAAGAGAAGAGAAGUAAUUUUAUGCAUGAAGAGGAAAAAGUUGGACUUUCGGAGAAACCACGUCAAGCUUUGCUGUUCCAAGAGAAGAUGUGCGAGGCAGCGCUACGAGAAUCAGAAUCACUUUUACAUAAAAAAAUGGCUUUUCUCUCCAGUGCUUGGAAACGAUUAUCUCAGACUCCUGCUGAAAAAGGCCAGUUUUCUUGUCAAGAGUCUCUUAUUCCAUUAUUUGAGUCCACAACAAUUGCUGAGUCUGAUGACCAAAUGAAUUGUGAAAGACCUACAGUAGAUAGCCACUGCUUACUGCCAGCUGCAAUGUGGAGGAGAAGUCUAGACAACUUACUAAUAGUUGGGCUGACAGUCACCAACUGCUCAACAAGAUGUGUCAGGCAAGUUUACUUAAAACUAAUACCCUCACAGUGUGAUGUAACGGUUGCAGCUCAAGUGGACUCAGUAAGCAAGACAGGUGUUAGCCGAGCAGCAAGCCUUGAGACAGAGACUGCUUUACUUCCUGGCCAUUCGUUAAACGUUUUUUCUUAUGUGGACAUCAAUCAAGUUUUUGAUGGGAACAGCGUUAAGUUGUUGGCCUUUAUUUGCUAUCAGCGGAUAAACACAGCUGUCUCAAUAAAUGGGCCUGAAUACAUUGACCAGUUCUAUUCAGAGAUUAUUGUCACACCUGAAGAUAUAAUUAAUGGGAAUGAUUCUCUUCAUAAAUUCUGUCCUACUCACAAUGAUACAGGAAACAAAUUGACUUCAGUGGAGCUACAGGCACUUGAUGUCAUUCAGACUUGUCACAACUUUAUUGUGCAGAGCUUGUUCAGUUCUGUCAGCUGUAUGCGACAAAAUCUAAUGGAUCACCCUCACUUCUUGCACCUUGAGUGGGUUAAGCAAUAUAUCGUCAUCGCCAGUUCUCCCCUGAGAAUGUGCAGAGUUCAGCCCCUUGAGCAGACAAGUCGACACAAGAUGCACAUAAAACUCUAUGCCAGGUCACAACAUGAAAUUCUGCUUUUGGUUUCAUUUUUGAGCUCACUUUUGCCUAAAGACAUAACGAUUGUGCCAGAAGCCCCCAAAAGUCUGUUCUACAUUCAGGACACAGGGAAGAAGCUUUUGGAAAAGACAUCAUCUUAUAUCAGGCGUACAAGAGAGGCCUUAAUGGAGGCAGCCGAAGUGACAGGUUGCAAGGAAGAGCACAUUUUGAAAACGGAUGAGCAACGGGCUGAGGAUGAGUCAAAGAAAGUAAAAAACAAGAAGGCAUCACAGAAAUGUGACGCAGGUGAAGUCCCUAAAGUGAAAAGAAGUAAAAAAAGAUAAAAAGUGUGUUUCUUAUAAUUAGAAUGACAAGAUAAUUACGUCCUUGUGUAUCUUAUAAAUACAAUCACAAGAUAAUUACAUCCUUGUGUAUCUUAUAAAAACAAUCACAAGAUAAUUACAUCCUUGUGUAUCUUAUAAUUACAAUGACAAGAUAAUUACAUCCAUGUGUAUCUUAUAAAUACAAUCACUAGAUAAUUAGAUCCUUGUGUAUCUUAUAAUUACAAUGACAAGAUAAUUACAUCCAUGUGUAUCUUAUAAAUACAAUCACAAGAUAAUUACGUCCUGCACAUAUCUAGUGUAACAAGAUUGUAAUUUUUAAAUCUGAGACAAGUACUAAAUAAACCCAAAUAUCAUUUCUUUUCUUUAUUUGCAUGAAAUGCAUUAUGAUGAGACCUAUGGUUAAUGGGGAUAAUGAAGUGGACGAAUGAGUUUUUAACUGCGAUUGAAUUUCUGCUGUAAUUCCCACUAGAGAAGAUUUGUUCUUUUUUUUUUCAAAACUAUUUUUGUAAAUGUUUACAAUGUGUUAUCUUAAUGUUAUCCAUGCAUGAACUAUAAGUGUUAAAGAAUGAUAGCUUAAAUUGAAGGGAGAGUUAUUUUAUACAAAACAUUGAAGCAAUUUUUGUAUACGCUAUUAGUUUUGGAUUUAUUUUGUUUUAGUAGAUGUUUUUAUAAUUGUAUGAUACAAAUGUAUGGUGCUGCAAUUACGUCUUGUGACUAAUUAUUCAAAAAAUGAUUAAGACUUCACUAAGGGAGACUAGCCAAAACAAGGAAUGUGGCUACCAUAAUACAAUUUUUUAAAAAUGUGGCAUAUGUAUGUCAGAGCAGUGAAAACCAUGUGGCUACCUAGAGGUCCAGUUCUAAUGAAGACUAGGAAUUUGAAAUUUGACUUGAGCUGUGUUUGCUGAGAUGCCUAAAGGCAGCAUAGAAACUUUGUCCUUGUAACCAAAUGAAUUAGGACCACAGUGCACUGAGGGAAGACAGGCUGGGCAGUUUAUUCCAGCUGGGGCUAGUGUCAUUGGCCUUGCUUUUUUUUCUCUGACGCUUUUUUUCUGCCAGCGCUGUAUAAAGCAAUAUUAAGGGGAUUACAAUGAAUUUUGUCCCUCUCUCAAUCCUGGUAUUGCCAGAGAAUGAGCAUAAAAUAUUUAUAUCAUAACAAUAUUUUUUGACUUAAUAUCGAGAGGAAAGCUUUGUUUUUUUUUUCUUAAAUGUACUAUUACUUGUCGAUAUUUGUCUCAAAAAGUGUUUUUUUUUCAAAGAAGAAAUUUUGGCUCCUAUUCGAAUGGUGAUUUGAAAAAUAGCUUGGCAUAAUUUUUUUUUUCUUAUUUAGCUAAUUGGAGAUAUAGCUUAGAAAACUUGAGCAGUAGCCUGUAAAAUUUUAAAACUGAAUGACUUUUUAAUAUUUAUUUUUAGGAUGCAUGUACAUAAUUCUAUAAAUACACACAUGUAUAUAUUAA